AUGAAGAUUCCUUUUUUCAAGAAGCAGGGGGAAGGGGACACUUCCCCACCUUCUACAGAUAUAUCCACGGAGGUCGACCACGAGAAACGGAGAAGUAGUUCGUUUGACGAGUCCCGUGUGCCAUGGGUAACAUGGCGAUCAUUGACCUUGGGAGCAUUUGUCUCCAUUGGUGGUGUCAUUUUUGGAUAUGACACCGGUCAGAUUUCUGGGUUUCUGGAGAUGAAGAAUUACAAACAUCGCUAUGGCCAGCAGAAGAGUGAUGGGACUUUCUAUUUCAGCAAUGUCCGGUCUGGGUUGAUCGUGUCUCUGUUGUCAAUUGGAACCCUCAUUGGAGCUCUCAUAGCUGGCCCUUUGGCGGAUCGAAUUGGCCGUAAAUGGUCAAUAUUUGCAUGGUGUAUUAUCUUGCAUGUCGGUCUGAUCAUCCAGAUCUCUUCACCUUAUGGAAAAUGGUAUCAGAUGAUGAUGGGACGAUUCGUCACUGGCUUCGGUGUAGGAUCAUUAUCGUUGCUAGUCCCCAUGUAUCAGGGUGAAAUUGCACCAAGACAUAUUCGAGGUGCUAUGGUCUGUUCGUACCAAUUGUUUGUCACAUUGGGUAUUUUUGUUGCGUACUGCAUCAAUUUUGGCACAGAGAGCAUGGAUAGCACAGCGUCUUGGCGAAUUCCAUUGGGCAUUACUUUCCUCUGGGGUCUGCUGUUGGGACUUGGCAUACUUUUGUUCCCCGAGAGUCCACGAUAUGAUUACCGGCAUGGGCGUGUGGCCGUCGCAAAGACCACAAUGUCCAAGCUAUAUGGCGUGCCUGAGAACCACCGAGUCAUAGUCCACGAAAUUCUUGAAAUUCAGGGUCAGCUGGAGACUGAAAAGGGAACGAGAGGGGGGUUGUAUGAUUGGAUUGAGAUGAUGCAGGCCCCACGGAUGCCAUAUCGUAUCGCUCUCGGCAUGGGGCUUCAGGCUUUGCAGCAACUGACCGGUGCCAAUUACUUCUUUUACUAUGGAACGGUUAUCUUCAACGGAGCUGGAAUUAGCAACACCUAUGUCACGCAGAUGAUCUUGGGUGGUGUCAAUUUUGGUACCACGUUUGGAGGUCUAUAUGUCAUCGAGCACUUUGGCCGGCGCAAGUCACUGAUCACUGGUGGCAUCUGGAUGUUCGUCUGUUUCAUGGUGUUUGCAUCAGUGGGGCACUUCUCCCUUGACGUGCAAACUCCAGAAAACACUCCAGGUGCCGGCAAAGCGAUGGUGGUUUUUGCGUGUCUGUUUAUCACUGGGUUUGCCAUGACUUGGGGCCCGAUGGUGUGGGCUAUUGUGGCAGAGCUAUACCCAUCGCGGUAUCGAGCCAAGGCGAUGGCACUGGCCACAGCUUCAAACUGGAUGUGGAACUUCUUAAUUGGGUUCUUCACUCCAUUCAUCACGGGGGACAUCGACUUUGCCUAUGGAUAUGUAUUUGCUGGGUGCCUCUUCUUCGCAGUCAUAGUUGUGUACUUCUUCGUCAUUGAGGGUAAGGACAAGACUUUGGAGGAGAUGGACAUGAUGUAUGUGAUGCGGGUACCACCUUGGAAGAGCAGCAAGUGGACGCCACCGGCACCAGAGCAUCAAAUCACGACGAACCAGCUCAUGGACCGACGAGUGGCAGAACAGUAUGAUCUCGAAGAAGACGCCGAGGCCAACAAGAAGCAAGCUGAGACGCCGGGCCAUUUGCAUGCAGAGGAUCCUUCUGGUGCAGGUGCCGGAGUAGCAGGUCCCUCUGCAGCUUAA